CCUUCGCGCAUUCAGUAGCUCUCCCUCGAGUUCGCGUCCUGUUGUUUUUCCGUCGUUUUCCUUGUGUGUUAAUGUUUCAAAUGAAAUAUGAAUGCUCGUCGGGAGUCGAGAUCCGUUUUUAAAUGGCCAAUUGUCUAGUGGAGCCGGUUUGACCGCUGAUUCGAAAGGACGAUCGAAAAUACUGUAAAAAUCGGUUCAUAGAAAGAUGUUGUCGGACAAACUGAAAUUCGUUUGCAUCAAGAUCUUUUUUGUCUUUUGUACGUCGAGUCUGAUAGAGUGUUACAACGUACCAUGCACGUUCAACACGAUGUGCAUGUGCUGGGUUCGGGACGACCAGGAUUUCACGAAGAUGGACAUCAGCUGUAUGGGAACACCUUUUGCAAAAUUUCCAGAUGUCCCAGUGAGCUAUGUGGCACAACUAGACGUAGUUGGUUCAGGGUUGCAGACCCUAGACAACGACGCCUUGACAAGCUCGGUUGACGUCGAAGCUUUGGGAUUAAUGAGCAAUCGAUUGUCUAAUAUUGGAGAUAAGUGCUUUUCAGGUAUUGCGGACAAAUUGCGUUCAUUGGAUCUGAGUUACAAUGCCCUGGAGGACGUACCUUUCAAGGCCUUUCGUGACCUAAGGAAAUUAAAUUGGCUCAACAUGCACAGCAACCAUCUGACCUCGUUGGACGGUGACUGGGGACACGCGAAAGAGACUCUAUCGAACGCAUUUUUCGGAGACAAUUCGAUCAUCGACAUACCGAAAAGUUUCUCCACGUUCGAGUCUUUGGUCUGGUUGAACCUCGACAACAACAACAUCGAGGAACUCUCGGAGGACAGUUUACCUCCCAACAUGCACACGCUCAGCUUGAACAGCAAUCUCCUCAAGACCUUUCCGUCAUCGUUGAAAACAUUGAAGUAUCUCACGUGGUUAUACUUACGGGGCAACGACUUCAAGUAUCUCGAGCUACCGGAUUUCCAAAGCUCGAACCUGGAGUUCAUCGACGUCAGCGAGAAUUGCAUCGAAUGGAUUCGGGCGCCUAGCAUGACGAACCGCACUUUAAAGAUCAGAGAGUUCAACUUGGACAGCAACAAGUUGACCUCGUUGCCUGCUGGGAUUUUCGACCGACUCGACAUCAGGAGGAUCCAUUUGUCAUCGAAUUCGCUGAAGAACGUCGACGACGAUGCGUUUCGAGGAUUGGAAGACAGCUUGGAGUACUUGAAUCUGGAAAACAACGAUUUGCCGAACGUUCCCGGGGCCGUCAGUCGACUGAGAAAGUUAUCCUACUUGUAUCUUGCCAAUAACGAUAUAAGAAAUAUUUCUGGCGACGCGUUUCAAGAGUUUGCGGAGAACUUGCGUGCUCUUUCGCUGGCUACUAACAGCUUGGACGUGGUUCCUGUUACGGCUUUGCUACGGUGCCAGAGGCUGCUGCACUUGAAUCUUGGUUACAAUAAGAUCUCUCACGUUCAAUCUGGAGAUUUCGAGUGGGCAGAGGACCUCGAAAUUCUGCUGCUUAGGAACAAUGUGUUAACGAAAUUGAAUGGGGAAACAUUCAAAGGAGCAGGCAGACUAAAGGAGCUCAGUUUGUCCUUCAACCACUUAACAGAGCUCGACGACGACUGUUUCGUCGGCAUCGAGGAGAGCCUCAACAUCCUGGAGCUGAGCUUCGCGUUCGCCACUGACGUAUUUCCUCAAAGGGCCCUCAGACCUCUGUCGAAUCUCCUCUGGCUAGUUCUGGACAAUAAUAAUUUUCAAACGAUAGAAGCCACCGCGUUUUACUCUUUCCAACAAUUGCGAUACAUCAACCUGGAGUCGAAUCGACUUCAUUAUCUACCGGAACGUAUAUUUUUAGCGAGCGUCCAUCCCGAACUGAGGGACGUUAAGCUCGGUUACAAUUUCUUGGAGGCCAUUCCAGACUUCAGCUUCCACAAUUUGACCGAAUUGAAGUCCUUAGAUCUAACCGGAAAUCGAAUAAAACUUCUCAGCCCCGAAUCCAUCGUGGAUUGCCCAAGAUUGGUGACGUUAUCGCUGGCUUACAACAGAAUCUUCAAAAUGGAGAAGAACGCCUUCUAUGGACUUCCUAAUCUGCGUUUCCUGCACCUGGAGUUCAACAAAUUGACCACUUUGGACUUGGACGCAAUCGCAGAGAUAGGUGGACCGGAUUUCGCCCUCAACGUUUCUUAUAACGCGAUUUCAGUCGUCAAUGCUGGAAGCUCGAUGAACAAUUUAACGAGGCUGGAUUUGAGCUUCAACAACAUCAGCCAACUGCCUGCUGAUACAUUUUACAAUGCACCGGACCUCAGAAGUUUGGACCUGAGAAACAACUUUAUCGUCGUCCUAGAACCAGGUACCUUCGGCUUGAGUCGCUUGGAGACGUUGAAUCUGCAGAACAACAAGAUAGAGAGCCUGAGGAAGCAGUCUUUCCAUGGCUUAGGUUUGCUGCAGCUGUUGGACUUAAGCGAGAAUCAGCUGACUCAACUGUCUACCGAGCAGUUUCGAAACCUGAAGAACCUGCGGAUUUUAAAUCUCUCUGGCAAUAAAAUCAGAUCCUUGCCUAAGGACGUGUUCGAGGGGACGAAACUGGAGAUACUUGAUCUGAGUCGCAACAAGUUCACCGUGGUCCCUUCGCCCUCGUUCUUCGAAGUCGGUUACACGUUGAGGGAUCUAGAUCUGGCAGACAAUUUCGUGGAUCACCUCGACUCCACCGCGUUCCCCACUUCCCAAUUGGUCUCCUUGAAUCUGGCACACAACAGACUGACGAUCCUGCCAGACAAUUCGUUCGUGUCACUGGGGAAGCUUCUCAGACUGAACGUGUCCCAGAACGUUCUUCAAGCAAAUUUCAAGGAGCUCUUCCACUACCUGCCUGGCCUGAGGCAGCUCUUUCUCAUCAAUUGCGGCCUCAAAGACAUACCUCUUCUACCUCUGACGAAUUUGAACGUCCUGGACUUGUCUUUUAACUACAUAGACUCGACGUCUGAUAAGCAGUUUCAGUUCCUGAAAGAUCUAAAGGUUCUUCUGUUGGUGAACAACUCGCUGACCUCUAUGCCGAAUGUCAAGUUGAAUCUUUUGAGGGAGCUGGACGUUUCUGGGAAUCCGAUAGAGGAACUAACAAAGGAGAGUUUCAUGGGUUACCCGAGGUUGGAGGACCUGAAGCUAAGGAAUUUGAAUAAAACGAGGUCGGUUGACAAAGACUGCCUCCGCGUCUUGAAAUACCUGAAGCAUCUUCGAAUUCAAACGUGGCCCGAAGCGGAUGGCUUUCAUCUUCGACACCUGCUGACUGGUUUACCCUUGAGAACCGUGGAAAUACAAGUUACAGAGCAUUUGCUGAAGCACCAGAUACAGAACGCCUUUACGAAGCAGCUCAGGGAGCUGACGAUUUCCGGUAAUGAUCUAGAAGUGAUUUCUUCGGAAGCGUUCUCCACCAUCGAAGGCGGUGAACUGAUCCUGCGGAUCAAGGACACGCGAGUUCGCAGAUUACAGUCGGAUAUUUUCCUUUCCUUAACGAAGACACUGUCUCAGCUCACUCUGGACCUGAGAAAUAAUCAUAUAAACGAGCUGAGCCCUUCGAUUAUCUACGGGAAUCUCUCGUGGGAAAGUGUUGGGACCAACAUGGUUGCUGGAGGGUUGCAAGUAUCAGGGAACCCCCUCGAAUGCGAUUGUGAAAUCGCCUGGCUCAGUCUGUGGCUAAGAAGAUGGCUUCGCGAGUCGCGACAGAUUCACACAGCUUCCCAGUCGGAUGCCAGGCAAUUGAGAAUGAUCGCUGGAAGAGCAGUUUGCACCGAGACCACGCCAUCUUAUUCGUCAGAUAAAGUUCUGCUGACCCUGGGAACCCCACACACCGCCUGUCAAGCAUCUGCGCUUAGUUCUGGCAACUAUGAGAGACUCGCCACCACGUGGUUGGCUAUCGUUCACAUUAUUCUGUUAACGACAAUAGUCAAUUGAUUUUACGUUCUCCAUCGAAUCAGCCUUUACGAUUAUCGAGGCAUUUUCUAUUUUAACGUUCCAUAGUUUCUGAAGAGAGUUGGAAUUGGAUAAAAAUUCAUUAUUGUUAAUUUUUAAUAAGCUAUUGGAAUAAUGGAGAAAGAAUCCUUUACUUUGUUUGUGAGGUCCUUUCUCUGAACGUUUUUAAAAAGACGACGAAAGUUAGUCACUCGUUAAGAACGUACGUACCAGAACUGUUAUUUUUACAAAUGGGAUCAAGUUUAAUACCAAUGAUAUGUUUAUCCAUUUAUAACUGCUAUUUCCCUAAAAAAAUAAAGGAAACUGUUUCGAUAAAACUUUGUAUUAAACUGUAACAUAGAUCAGCUCGAUUUUGUAAUUAUAUUUCUACUAUGUGUAGUCCAUUUUAGGAUACUAAAUGUCGAAUUACCGCUAGAAAUAUCCAAGAAAAUUUUGGGAAUAAAAGUAUCAUUAAAACUAUCGAAGGAGCAAACAAGUUACCAAGAAUGGAUCGUGGAUAUUAGACACGUAUCCUGCAUAAUUAUUCUCGUCGGACUUGGAAAGAAAAUGAAAACAUAGACGAGCUUAAACUAAACAUAAUACGACCAAGUACGAACAACAAGUCGUGAUUUUUUAUGUAAAGUUACAAAAUAAAAGGACGAACUAGUUAACGCUA